GCUGUUUCAUAGGUGCGCCGCCAUUGCGUUGCCUACCAGAAUGAAAAUUCUUGAGGUCAACCAAGUUGCUCCAUCCUCUAACUCGCCUGAAUCCGCUGUUGAAUUCUCUCUUCCACUCACUUUUUAUGAUAUUUUCCGGUUGAAGCAUCCUCCUGUUGAGCGGCUUUAUUUUUACCAACUCAACGGGUUAACCCCUGCUUGUUUCAACUCUGUUAUCCUUCCCAAACUCAAGCAAUCUUUUGCUCUCACUCUUCUGCAUUACCUCCCUCUCGCCGGCAACCUCAAGUGGCCAUCAAAUGCCCCUAAUCCCAUCAUUCUGUACACUCCAAGUGAUGGAGUGCCACUCACAGUUGCUGAGUCCGACGUAGACUUUAACCUUCUGUCUGGCAAUGGAAUCUAUGAAGCUGUUGAGUUACACCCUUUGACACCUAAGCUCGUAACAUCAGAUGAUUCAGCAUCAACUAUAUCUUUGCAGAUAACCCUUUUUCCAAAUAUGGGGUUUUGCAUUGGAAUCACAGCUCACCAUGCAGUUCUUGAUGGUAAAACCACAACCUCGUUCAUCAAGUCUUGGGCCUAUAUAUGCAAGCAAGGUAAUACAGAAAACUUACCCUUGCCUCCAGAGCUAACCCCAUUUUUUGAUCGGAGUGUUAUAAAAGAUCCUGAUGGACUUGACAUGUUAUAUUUGAAGCAAUGGCUUGCUAGCAUCGGGUCAGAUUCUGAUACUAAUAAGAAAAGCUUGAAGAUUUUGCCAAACAAACGAGAAGCUCCAAAUCUAGUUCGAGUCACGGUUGAGAUCAAUCGAGAAGAUUUCAAGAAAUUAAGAGAAAGGGUUUUGUCUAAAUUAUCAGAUAGUGGGAAAGAACUUCAUCUAUCGACUUUUGUGCUUACACUUGCUUAUAUAACAACUUGCAUAGUGAAAGCUAGAGGAGAAGAUGGUGGUAGAAAUGUUUGUUUAGGAUUCACAAUCGAUUGCAGGCCACGAUUAAACCCUCCUGUUCCAGAAAAUUAUUUCGGAAAUUGUAAUACAAUUACAGGAAAUAUACUGAAGGCAAGAGAUUUCUUUGGUGAAAACGGGUUUGUUUUAGCUGUUCAAAAGGUAAGUGGCAUGGUUAAGGAAUUGCUGGAGAGAGGGGUUCUUGAAGGAAUAGAAGAGAAGUUGUCAACUGUUUUGAAUUUAAGUAAGUUAUCAAAACAAGCGCAGAUUAUUAGUGUUGCAGGGUCACCUCGAUUUGAUGUUUAUGGUUCAGAUUUUGGUUGGGGGAAGCCCUUGAAGGUGGUUGUUGUUUCCAUUGAUGAGAAUGAAGCUAUUUCCAUGGCUGAGAGUAGAGAUGGGAGAAAGGGAAUUGAGAUUGGUUUGGCUUUGAGAAAGCAUGAGGUGGGGAAUUUCUCUUCUUUGUUUCUAAAAGAUGUUUAAACAACUUGCUGAGAAGUUGGAUUGAUUGUAUUAGUUUAUAUUUGAUGCGAAUCAUCACCUUAAGUGAAUCAUCUUCACUUCAUUAAUA